AUGUUGGCAGCCUUGCAAGUGACACUGUGUUGUGAUAAGCUGAGUUCCUGUCUAUGAACCCUGGGAGAUCAGUCAUAACCUUGGCUCAGUUCACUCCGGGUGGACUCCGCGGGGGAAAACUCCAUCCACUUCUGUCUGUAACCUUAUGGGCUUCUGCGAGACAAAAAGUUAAUUAGAGAAGUGAAGGGCCUCUCUGGAGGGUAAAGGUCAGUCCGGCCCUGCACCUGUGCUUGCUUCCCACAAUUACAGGUGUUCCGGCAGGUGACUCACUAUGGUAACGCAUCUCGUUUCGGCCGUGAGUCAGGGCUUCUCGGAGAUUAUUAUCCCCGCCUGGAGUCCCAAGCCCCAGCCCGCCUUGAGCAGCCCCGUGCCCGUGUCCCCGACCUCCAACCGAGGGAAGCAGUUCUUUCUGGAGUUUUCCUGCCAGAACGUGCCGCUGGGCCGUGUCGUCAUCAAGGUGCUGGAGGGGGCGGGGUCGGCGGGGAAGGAGUUCGAAUUUCUUGUAACGGGAAGGAACGGUUAUGGCUACAAGGGCUCUCGUGUGUAUGCCUGCUGCAAGGACGAGUGGUGCCUUCUGGGGGACAUGCUGUACCAGAACCCGCCGCCCCCAAGUCACAUCACCACCGACUGGGACCCGCGUUUGCCUCACGGCCCCGGAGAGGAUGAGGAUAAGGAUGCCGGAGGGGGCUCAAAAUUCCGCAAGCUCUAUCGAGGAUGCUCUAGAGGGACGCGGGCACUGGUGGACACGAAGGAGCCGGACAGACGCGGGACAGUGGUGGCGGUGGCUACAGACUACGACUUUGAGACGCAGAAGUGGACACUCGGGCCGCAAAUCAAGCUCUGUCUCAGCAAUAGUCUCCUGAAGUCAGGCCGCGUUCUUGGGGUCCUGACGGAGGGGAUGAAGGUGGCGCAGCGGCUCUCCAGGAUGGGCGGCAGCUGCUACGAGCCGGAGUCGAGGAUCACCAUCAGUGACUGCGGCGCCCUAAAACCCAAAUCCAAGUUCCGUGACCUUACGACCCCGUGACCCUCGCCGCCCCCUUGUCACGCCCUGCAGUCAGUGAUCACCUCAUCCCCGCUGCUACGACGACGCCCACACCAAGCCUCCGCGCGCACCUCAGGCCAACACCACUAUCUUGAUUGCCUAUGACAUCCUCAGGCGGUGCUACUACUCCCCCCCCUACCAACAACGCCCUCUGUGUCCGUGUGUGUGUGUGUGUGUGGGGGGGGGGCUCGCUAGCUUCUUGUGUGAUUCAAUAAAAUUUUUACUUUGUAGUACUUCAAAAUUCAUUUCAUCAUUCGAAAGCCACUGGCCAAACCGGGGAGGCAGAAAAAAAUAAGUAUGUACUCUAUGUCACGCUUUUAUGCUGCAAAUAAAGCACAAGGACGGAGCCA